UCAUUGUGCGGAGGGAUCUGAUACGGACUACACCCAGCCGCCGCUGCCGCCGCCGCGCCGCUCUGCCCUGGCUUUCUUUGCUGCCCCAGCCUUCGCGUUGGUGAACGUCGAAGUGUGGGUUGGAUCCGAGAGUCUCGAUUCUCCUCCGGGCCAUUUUCUUUCCUCUCCGACACUCGCCUUGUUUGGCAACCUUUCUUUCCAGAGCUGUUUGAAUUCCAUUUAGGGCCAGAUUUUUUGUGAAAAAUGUCUUGGCAAAGCUACGUGGAUAACCUGAUGGCCGAUGGCAGCUGUCAGGAUAGCGCCAUUGUUGGGUAUACGGACGCCAAGUAUGUUUGGGCUGGACAUGCCGGCGGCACAUUCAACAAUAUCACGGCUCAGGAGAUAGAUGUCCUAAUCGGGAAGGACCGUGAGUCCUUUUACACCUCUGGUCUCACCCUGGGUGCAAAGAAGUGCUCGGUGCUCAGAGACAGCCUGCACAGCGAUGGAGACUGGACAAUGGACAUCAGGACGAAAAGCCAAGACGGAGAGCCAACAUACAAUGUAACUGUGGGAAAAGCUGGAAAAGUUUUGGUUCUUGUAAUGGGCAAAGAAGGAGUCCAUGGAGGUGGAUUGAAUAAGAAGGCUUUCGCAAUGGCAAAAUACUUGAGGGAAUCAGGGUUUUAAUGUUUUCAAGCUCACUUAGAUAAAAUUGAGGGACAAAAAGAAGAGAAAAGAAGUAUUGCUGUUAAGAUUUCACCUGCAGUCAAAUGUUUUGGAAACUUUUAAUAGCAAUGAAGAGUGGUAAGAUACUGUCACCUUUCUUCUCCCCUUGUCCUGUAGGGGGGGAAACUCUUCAAUUUUGUUAAUUUCUCUUUUUUUCCUUGUGUGCUCCAGUAUUGGUUUUAGUCCUGGGAACAGCGGGUGGUCCAUGGUGGAGUUACCAACACGAACGUUUAUUCAUUGGUUGACUGCCUGAGGAAAUCUAAAUAUUGAGCAACAUCUCCACCCAUUCGUCAACUUAGCAGCCCACUCCCCUCUGUAUUGUGUUCACACUACUUUCACAAUUUGGUGACAUACAAUGUUAAGUCCUUCCCAGUCAACUUUUAUACACAGGCCUUUUGUUUGUUUAACCCCCCCACUCCCCUCACAAUUUUUUUUUUUUUUUGUAUUAAAUCCUCCCCACUUCAACAUUGUACUUAUGUUUUGGCACUACAAUAAUGGCAUGUUCAUUUAAAUGUUAAUUAACCAAAAGUGUGCAAAAAAUGAUCGCAAAGUGUAAUAAAAAAAAAUGUUAAAGAAAUUCGGACUCUCUUUGUAUAACAUUCACUUAGCGAGUGGCUGGUGAUCAGGAAGUACACGUCUAAAGGUGACCACAGUUUGCAUCCGUUAUGCUUUCUGAGCAUGACUAAAAGAUGCUGGAUUCAUUUAUUCUUUUUUUUUUUUUUUUUUUACCCCCCCCUUCCCUAAACCAGCAUGUGGGCAUUUUAAAGUUGCAUGCAUACCAUCAUUAGCAUUCAGACCCCAGCCCUGUUCCCCGCUCUGUCCUAUUGUGAUAUUCCAGCCAAAACCAUCUUCACAUCUGCCUCCAUCUUCCAAGUCCUCCAGCCUCCAUUUAGAUUAAAAGAAGGAAAAAAGAAAAAAAAAAAAAAAAAGCUGACGGAGUCCUGUUUGUAUCCCGACUCAUCACCCUGAAGCACAGCUCAUUCUCCCCUCCA